UAGGAGGCCGAGGGGGGGGUGUCUUUCUGUCUCUCCCUACUGGCUGUGUUGUGCUUGUCCCUUGAUGUGUUGAUGCUUGCUGUCUUGCAGCUGAUCUUCGCCCGGGAGCUGCAUGCAUGUCGGAUGCAGGCGCUGCCAAGAGAGUAGGCUGCCCUUGGUUGCACAGGAGAACGUGUGCUGAUCUCCACAACUUGACAUCAGAGCAUCCCCCAGCCAUCUGUGACUGAGCUGUCUGAAGCAGUGGUACAUAGUAAGGAGGAGGAGGAGGAGGAGGCAGCAGCGACGUUAGCAGUAACAGCAUCCGCGGCUAACCCUGCCCUCUGUUGAGUUUGUAUUACCAGAGUAUGCGCUGAUUUGCUGCCUUGCCUUUUAGACCCAUCCCAGUCGUCCGGGUGCGUGGUGCAUGGUGUGGGGGGGAUCCACUGUCUCCGUAAUAAAUGAUAGAGGAUACAAUGACUUUGCUCUCUCUGCUGGGUCGGAUCAUGCGUUACUUCUUGCUGAGACCAGAGACACUCUUCCUGCUAUGCAUCAGCCUGGCCCUGUGGAGCUACUUCUUCCAUACGGAUGAAGUGAAGACCAUCGUCAAGUCCAGCAGGGAUGCCGUGAAGAUGGUGAAGGGCAAAGUGGCCGAGAUCAUGCAGAAUGACCGCCUCGGGGGUCUGGAUGUGCUCGACGCUGAGUUCUCCAAGACCUGGGAGUUUAAGAACCACAAUGUGGCUGUGUACUCCAUCCAAGGCCGCAGGGACCACAUGGAGGACAGGUUUGAAGUGAUCACAGACCUGGUGAACAAGACCCAUCCUUCCAUAUUUGGGAUAUUUGAUGGGCAUGGAGGAGAGUCAGCAGCAGAAUACGUGAAGUCCCGCUUACCUGAAGUCCUCAAGCAGCACCUUCAAGACUAUGAGAAGGACAAGGAGAAUAGCGUAUUGUCUUAUCAGACCAUCCUGGAACAACAGAUUCUGUCAAUUGACCGAGAAAUGCUGGAAAAGUUGACCGUAUCCUAUGAUGAGGCAGGUACGACAUGUUUGAUUGCAUUACUAUCAGAUAAGGAGCUCACAGUGGCCAACGUUGGGGAUUCAAGGGGCGUCUUGUGCGAUAAGGAUGGGAAUGCGAUCCCUUUGUCACAUGAUCACAAGCCCUAUCAACUGAAGGAGAGGAAGAGGAUUAAAAGAGCAGGUGGCUUCAUCAGUUUUAAUGGCUCCUGGCGUGUUCAAGGGAUCCUUGCUAUGUCCCGUUCUCUUGGAGAUUAUCCACUGAAAAAUCUGAAUGUUGUCAUCCCUGACCCAGACAUCUUAACCUUUGACCUGGAUAAACUUCAGCCAGAGUUCAUGAUCUUAGCAUCCGAUGGUCUGUGGGAUGCUUUCAGCAACGAGGAGGCUGUACGGUUCAUCAAAGAACGCUUGGACGAGCCACACUUUGGAGCCAAGAGUAUAGUCCUGCAGUCUUUUUACAGAGGAUGCCCUGAUAACAUAACAGUCAUGGUGGUGAAAUUCAAGAGUGGCAGCAAAACGGAAGACCAGUGAAAAUCUCUAAAGUCUCACUGCCUUUCUCUUGGCAAACUCCUUCAUUAGAUCUUUACACUUCAACACAGUAGACAGCUGUAGCAAAUAUAUUAGAGUUAAAACUGUACAUCCAACAAAAAGAAAACGAGGAAGAUCACUCUUUUGAUAGAGCUACACCGAAAACACUCUCGAAACCACCGCCACCCCAUGUCAGCUCUUCGAGGGUUUAAGCUUAGAAAAUUCUUCCAUUUUAAAGCUAAUGACUCCUGCUUUGGCUAUUUGAAUAGCUGCAAUCUCCUAGCUUCACCCAUGAGCUUAAUGCUGUAUUUGGACUGGCACGAGCCAAAGCUUGGCAUUCACCAACGACUGAUGGAAACAACAUGGGCUUUUCACUGAUGUAACAGUCUUCAUACUGUUGUGUGCAGUCCUUAGGGCCACUGCUCUGUUUUUGUUCUUUUACCUGCAGAAGGCAGGUAGCAAACAGGUUUGUACAUGCUGACCUGUCAUUCCAUAGGAGAAUGACAAGGGGGGGAGCCAUGCUACAGGCAUCCUUCUGCUUCUCCCCGUGCCCCUUAGGUGAAUAUCCUUCCUGCCACCUGAUUAGGGACAAGGUAUUGAGCUUUUCUGGAGCUGUUUUGUCUAUACUGUCUGUGUGCAUGUCUUUAACAAUGCUCUGCCUUUUUUAUCCAACCAACAGAUGGUGGGGGGGUGGGGGGUCCUUGCUCAUUGAAAACUGCCCGUACAUUGGCUCUUGCUUCUAGAUAUACUGAAUUUCAGGGACUGUGCAAAUUACAUAUGUCAUAUUUUCAGAGUCAGAGUGUAAAGCCUGUGGCGAAAUCCAUUGAGAUUGUAGCACAGAUGAUUCCUAUGUAAGACUGUGAGUUUUACUUUCCAUUAUUAUCAGCAUAUAUUCCAGUAUGGGGAAGGAAUGCUGAAAAAUGGCUGUUUAGGAAAUAUUAUUGGAACAGUGUUUUAACAGAAAUGAAACUUAGUUCCUCUCCCUCACUCCCACCCCCAAAAUUGACAAAGAAAAAAAAUCAUUCUGAUGGCCUGGGUAUUCAAUGAUGUAAAUAAUCAAAGGCUAGCCUUGAAAAUGACAAGUGUUGAUUGCAUAUAUCUGUAAUUUUGAGCCUAUGAAUAUUGUAUGCAUUGAUGUAGAAAAUUGGCUUUUCCAAUUCCAGGAUUGAUUGAUCAUAUAGAUGUGACCUGAUUGCUUAAUCCCCCACAGCGCUAAUCAUCUGAUGAUUUCAUGGUCAACAAUUGAGCAAGUGUUUUAAUAGGACACCACAGGAGGCUGGGCAUAUUUUGGGUUUCUUAGAAUUUCUCUUAUCAGUUUGUGCAGCUUUUUUCAUAGAAUAAGGUGAGAUGUUGUCUCUCUUCACCAAGAUGUCUUUCACAGAAAGAUAAAGACUCUGGAAUGUCCAUUAGGCCACUCAAAGUACAUCUGAAAGCAAAUGAACCCCUGGCUUCAAUUAAAGAACAGCUUGGCAAAGUUAUUUUUGAGACAACAACUCCAAGAAUUAUCCCAUCAGAACAAGGGACUGAACGUACUAACUGGGGAUUCAGAAGUUUCUUUUCUAAAAAAUUGACUUUUUCCAAGAUCUAAGUUAAAAGAAUUAGACAUGACCUUUGAUGUGUGUGCAGAUUUCCAUGAGUAUAUUUCCAUGAGUAGGAAAGAAAAGAGAUGGGUGCUCACCUGUAUAGUGUUGCUAUCAAAGAGGAGGAAAAAAGAAGCUUAUAGGUAUGAUGUGAAAUGUGGGCUUAGGUUUCAAACAGAGCUUUAUUCAUGCAAGGGCUUCUCAAGCUCUUCUGGACAGAAGGAAGUUAGACAAAGGAAUCAUGAGCAUAUGUGUUCUAUAUGCUAGAAAUAAAUGAGAAUGUCAUCACAUGUGAGCCUCCAUUUAGACACUGAAAACUGGCCACUCACUUCUAAUUAAUACGCUUUGGUAAAUGGGAAUAUUGUUGGGCUUUUGUACUUCAAAAUGUACCCUUUGUUGUCUAUAUACACAUUGGGACUCCCAUACAAAUAGCGCAUAUCCCUCAAGGCAGCAAAGGAGGAUAUUCUGCACUUUCCCUGAAACUUAAGUGUGGCCUGAAAAUAGCACAGUGAUGGAUUAAGACAUCCAAAACUUUUUUAAAAUAGAAAAAGUUUGUGCAAUCCACAAAAACAACACACAUUCAAGAGCACGUGAUACCUUUAUCAAACCAUUAAAAAUCAAGCAAACUGGCUUUAUUAGACAACUAAAAAAAUCAAGCAAAGUAGCUUUGGAUUAUGAUUCAUCUUCUUCAGCCUGUGCACCAAAAUCUUGUGAAUAGUUUUGAAAUCUUGAGUUGCAAACUAAGGCAAUGGGGUGGAGGCGAAGUGGAUGGAGAUUACUUGGUGUAUUCCUUUUUAGUUACUAUUGCAGCAUUCUGCUGUCUUAUUUCUUUUCUUUGUCUACUCCCUCUGCUCAAUUAUGUGGUAUGUCCUCCUUGUGGGCCUGGAUACCUGUAGAGGGUGAUGCUGGAAGCAGUUGCUUUAGGGUCAUUGGCAGAUUUCCCUUUGUAAAUAUUUGGUGAUCUUGGACAAGAUGCCCUUGGAAAAUGUCUUGCUUUCGUAAGCCCACUGUCUUGCCCCAUUUGCAUGCCGUCUUCCUUCGGGAUCAUUCUACAUCAUAGAAUCAUAGAAUAAUGAAGUCGGAAGGCCAUCAAGUCCAACCCCCUGUUCAAUGCAUGAAUACAAAUCAAAGGAUAUCUGUCAAGAAGUUGUCCAAACUUCUCUUGAAUACCUCCAGUGCUGGAACACUCAUCAUCUCUCAAAGUAAUUCCAAAAUGGUUCCAUUGCCCUACUGCUCUAACAGUUAGGAGGUUGUUCCUGAUAUUCAACAGAAAUCUGACUUCCUGUAACUUGAGCCAA